AUAAUACUUGCGGAAGUGCAAAGGACUAUGUUAUCUCGUUAGUCGUGAUAUUUGCGUAGCAAUCUGUGCUGUUUGGUUCUCUCAGCAAGCAUGGCAGAUCUUCAGAACAUUUCUUGGGGUAAAGCAGAGUUGCACUCUGAAGCCAUAACUGAUAUUGGUGUGCUGGCAUCCAAGAGAGAACCUCCAGCAGGCUACUAUAUUGUUGCACAAACAACAGAUGGCUUCGACGCCAACCUGUGGAAGGACAGCAUAUUUAAAUCCAAGGUCACACGCUAUCUUUGCUUCACCCGGGCUGCCACCUCCAAAAAUAAGCAAUUAUGCAACGUGGUCGUGGACGUGAAGUUGAUCGACUUGAAGGACUGUUUGCCAGAGGGCUUCACUCCUAUCCAAGACACCACGGAUACCCAGGAGCAGGCUUUGAGGAAGGAGAGACUGUGUGUGAAGUUGGUCCCCAGGCACUGUGCUGAUAUGGCUAUAUGCGAUAUGGUUGUACAGGGGAAAUCAAAGCACAGCCUCACUAAUUAUACAUUUAUAGGUGAGCUGAAUGGUUUGGGUAUUUGGUAUCAGAUGGGAAAAGUCAUUAAGUCGCAGGAUACAGUGCUUAAAACCUCCUCUACUGCUGGUGUUGCCAGAAAAUGCCCAGAGUCUCCGGCCUCCAGUCCUACUAAAAAGAACAUGGUCAGGCCAGACUAUGAACACCAAACCUACAACCUCUACACCAAAUCAGCUAUGGAUGAUAUCCCCUUUAUGAUCUACAAAAAAUCUACCUCCACAUUCAGAGAUGAAAUAGAUUCAGUCCAUUUCUUGAACAUUACCAUCAAAUCGCCGAAAGAGAUUGAAGAUGAAGGAGAAGGAGACUCUGAGAGGACACCCAGAGAGCAGACGGGUAGAUAUUCAAAUGAAGGGGGAAUUAAUGAAGACAACAUGUCACAUAUUUUCACCUGCUCUGAGCAGGAACAGGAAAUGAAGAUCUGCUCAUCUCGGAGGCUGCCGCCCAUGUUCCGCAUAUUACUGUCCUGUCACGGGCCUGUGUAAAAAUGGCAGGCAGUGAUACAUGCACUCUGUGAUAACAGCCCAUUCCUUCCCAUCCAUCAUUUAUACAUGUGCGCGCACACACACACACACAUACUUGUUUAUUUAUUACUUAGUCAGGUGCUGUGUGUGACUUUUCAUUACAACUAAGCGGCGUGUGACAUGUGACAUGUUGGUGGAACUUGCAGUUCUGCUGCAGGUAGAUGAAGGGCGAGAGAGAGAUUUCUGAAAGGAAGAACAAGGUUGUUGUGUGAUCCUCCAGCAUCACCUAGUGCUGUGAAUCUGCAUAACAUCUUAAACAGGCGUUUUAUAAAGCUUAAAGAUGUUAAAAAGCAGGAUUUGUGUGCUUUUAUUUAUUUUUUCAUAUGCGUGCAUGCAUGUAUGUCUGUAUAUAUGUCAAAUUCAUUUAAACACAUUAAAUCCAUUAACCCUUCAUUU